UCGGUGCGUCUUGUUCAGCAGCGGCUAGUGGUCGAGUCAGUCGGUUCGCGCGCGCGCUUCACACCGCACGCGUUUUCCCGCCUUCGGACUUACGAAACACGCUGUUCCACGCCCUGUUUUCGAAAAAGUGUGAUAAACAAACUUUUUCUUGUGUUAGUAAACUGAGUGUUGUGUGUUCGUGUUGAGUUUUUUCUUUUAAUAGUGGUGGCAAAAUCCGGAUCUAAGGGACAGUCUCUCGAGAAUGUAUGGGGCCCGGAUAAAUUAGAAGAAAGGGCGACCAAUGACAGGAUGGAGAUGAAGCAGAGUUGAUUACAGUAUUCCUAACGACAACAUGUUUUGAACAUGGAGUCCCCAGUGAGAAUAUGUUUAGGUGCAGCAUUAGUAGUGAAUUUACUACUGUUGAGCAGCACAACAGUUGGCGGUAACGCUAUACCCGACACGACAUCGACCACUGUCAAAGAUGAGAGGGCGCCGCGGUACAACCGCGUCAACGGCACCUGGCUCGCGAGAAACCGACCCAAGACCCCAGACGUCUCCCUCAACGAACUAAACCCCAAAGACUCCACCUCCGAGGAACAUACGGAAAAAAAUGCCAAAUAUAAAGAUAGAGGAAGAGUUAGAUUCCAAGCUCAACUCAAAUCUAGUACAGAAAGCUCGCUAAGAAGAAAGUCCACAGAAGCACCAUCUCUAGUUAUAGUUACUCCCACAGCAGAAGUAAAAAAGCCAGCUGAAAUUGUUGAUAGUAUGCGAAAUUAUAAAACCAAACUGCCAACGUUUGCCAGUAGUACUACUCCAGUAACUGUGAAGAAGGAAGUACAUAGCGAAGAAACAUACGACGAAGAGGAUAAUGAUGAAGAAAAGGAUUCAUUUGAAAAAUUUACUUCCAGCAAAUUUGAUACCAAUUUCUUUACUAUUCCCAGUUUUAACUAUGGCGAUGAUUUCACCCAUGACUCGGACAACGAAAGCUCAGAUAAUAAAGUAAAAAAUGAGUAUAGUAGUCCAUCCUAUGGUGGUUUCUCCAGUUUCUUCCCACGUGAAGCUUCUUAUGGCUACAAAGAUACGACCCAUGACAUUUUUAAAUCUGAAAGUUUCUUUGAUUUCAAUAGUGAUCUGACAACACCUAAAAACGACUAUUUUGAUCAGAAAUUCCAACGGAUCUCUACUAGUAUAAUUAAGAACUUAGACACUAUAAAAGCUAAAGCAACACCUCCAAACGCGACUCAUGUCCAUAAAAUUAUCAAAGAAAAUAUGGGAUUGGAGAGAAUGAAUAACAAUACACCUACUAACAAGUCAUCAGUAUUCAUUAAAAAUACCAAAGAAAUUCGUCUCUUAGAUAACGAUGGUGCUGGCAGCGCUAACAAAGAGUUAUCUGAUGUACAAGGUACAAGUAUUUAUUAUGAGAUGUCAGUACUGUCUACAGAGACUUACGCUAUUAACCAUGACUAUGACUGUGACAAUGAUACGUUACCAUCUGCGCCUACACCAAGUACUUCGUCGGAAGAUGAAUUGGCCUCGCUUAAAGCAGUGGAACAACCUGUUCCAAUAGCCACCAGACCAACACUUCCUGAUCCAAGCCCAGAGAGCAUAUCUAUAUCGUCUUCAAACUACUUGCCUGUGUCCAGUGUACUGCCAAUUAUUAACUCAGUAAGUCCGUUCCCUGUUUCUACUCAAAACUCUGUGUCUUCGACUGAAAAAGUCACUAAGAAGUUUUCAAGUACCUUCAAUAGAAAUCGAAGUUACUCCAAACGACUAAAUGUAAAUGGCAAUAAAGACUCACCGAACAGCGUUACUAUUAAGCCGGAGUAUAUUAUUACAUCAACUCUUAAUCCAAGACUUCAAACCCGCAAAUUCCAUCACACAACUCCAAAAAAUAGACCCAUCUGGAUGGUACCUAGACGAAACAUUACAAAGGUGUACCAAAGACCGUCGAACCCUUCAACAAUAUACUCCGAGCAUUUCAGUAUUAAGGAGAAGACUACAUCUCAACCUCGACAACCAAGUCGCACUAUGUUGACAACAGUUUCUUCAGACAUUGAUCCUGUCCAACAAAGCGAUAUAAGUGGAACUAAAAAGGUGGUGCAGUCUCAAACUAUAUCAGAUAAUUCUGUUCCAAGUUUGUGGAAGAGGGGGUCGACAAGGUUUGGAAGUUCUACGGUGACAUCAGCUGAGGUGGAGACGGAGGCUGAGUGGCAGAUACCUCCAACAUCUACGGCGUGGGCACUCGCUAGCCUGCGCAGCCCGCCGCCCUCGCCCGGCGCAGUGGUCAACGGUACAAGAUCGACGCAGAAAAACGUCGAUGAGAACGAGUUACAGAAAGUCGGGGAAGUGUUAGACAAGAAAGAAACGACCACUGCAUCUACGACCACAACAACAGCUAACCCUAUCAGUAACGAUAUAAUUCCAAAAGUGACUGAAGUUGUUCAGAACAAAUUAUCGUGGCAAGGUGUUUCCUCUCGACCAAGUUCUGAAAUCAAAACCGAGACAAAAUCUGACGCUAAACAAACCGCUGAAAGUAAUAUAUCACUUCAAAAUAGCGCAGAACCAGCUACUACACAAACAAAAAUGUCUGAAAAUCCAACAGAAGCAUCUUGGGUGGCUGUAACAACUGAAGCAGACGAAUCUAUUAACAAAAUAAAUGAUACAGAUAAGGAGACAAUUCCACCAGUUGACGCAACGAAGUCAACUGGUUUUGAAUCAAUUACGAAAUUGCCAGCAGACAUUACAACGCCACAAGAUGAAUCCGUUGCUAGUUCCGAAGUGAAUCAGACCAUUACUGAAGAGAAACCGAAACCUACUACUGAUUAUGAAAUAACUACUAUUCGAUUCUCUUACGUACCUACCGAGGAAGUUGAAACCGAGACACAACCCCCUGAGAGUACGACACCUAGCAUGUGGCACCCUGCCUUCCCUACAAGGACUAGAAUAACGACCAUAAAAGAUAGUCCUAUCACAACUUAUAGACCCAGAUAUAUAACAACCGAAAGUGAAGAAGAUACCUCGACUAUACUGCCGGAAACAACGUCUCCUAUUGAAGUUUCUUCACAAAUUCUUGAAAAUGCAACAAGACAUACUGAAAUUACGGAAACUCCUACAGAGCUAUCUACAGGGACACAAACUGAAGCUCCAACUACAACUGAACAGAUAACUCAAACAGCAACCGAAGAAGUUACUACUCAGCCUACGACUAUGGAAACAUCUGAACAACCGACCACGGAAAUAACAGUAACAGUUACUUCACAAGCUACGACAAGUAAAUCUCCUACAACAAUGACAGUAAAAACAGAAGAUAUAACUACCAUCGUCACAGAAAUAGUUACUGAAAUCAACACCGAGAGGGAAACGAGAACGUCAUCAACACCAGGACCAGAAACUACCGAAACAUCACCAAGUGAACUAAACGAGAGUGACUGUACUGAAGAAAACAGUGUUAGCAACGAAGUCAUUACUCAAGAGACUCUCAAACCAACAACUGAAGCAACGACUAGACCGUCCACAGCCCCGACAACAACUACAACAGAAGAGAACAUAACUAACCCACCCACUACCACGGAAUACGAAACGACAACACAGCGAAACGCUCGAAUACACGAUACAACGGUGGCUGAAAUUACAACGGAUUCUAAUUUCGCUACGAAAACCGAUAGUGGAAUGGAAGAAGAGACGAGUUACGGGGGUGAUAUGACUACGGAGGCUUCGUCGAGAGUACUGGGUGAGGAGGACAACGGCUCGGGAGCGGCGGUCGCGAUCGCUGUCAGCACCAUCGGUGUUAUUGCUUUGAUACUGCUUAUUGGAUUACUGUUGGUGGUCCGUCGCCGCGGUCGUAGAGGCAUAUACGCGCAGCGCUGUACCCCCGUGUCUCUGGACGCGUACAGUCUGGACAGCGUCAGCGUGGGCCACAGGAAGGGUAACCACCGCCUCAGGGCCAGCAAGAGGAGCUACGGAAACCCUGCGUAUGAUGACGAGGUCACUUCACAUCCUAUGCAAUACGCGGCUCUCGCGAACUUUGCUCUUGACAUCGAGUCUAUGACAGCGGAGUUCUCCGAGAUUCCCUCGGUGACGGUGCGGCCUGAUGAGGUGCCUCCUGGUUGCGAGGACAAGAACCGUUAUUCUAACGUCCUGCCGCUGCCCGAGACUCGGGUCCCGCUGAAGAGGCUUGGCAAUGAUCCGACCACGGAAUAUAUUAAUGCUAACUUUGUUACGGGUCCCGGCAACAUCCGUAACUACUAUAUCCUCUGCCAGGCCCCUCUCUCCAACACCGUGGUGGACUUCUGGCGAAUGAUAUGGGAACAGAACAGCCGGCUCGUCGUCAUGCUCACCGAGUACAUGGAGAACGGAGUCGAAAAAUGCUACGAGUACCUUCCACCGUCAGAGAUCUCAGAUAACAAGCGUAUUUUCGGGGACUUCAAGAUAAUCUUGAAGAAGCGAGAACAGCGCGACAAGUACGCUAUAUCCAGCGUGCAGCUCAUCAACCUGAACACCAGGACUUGGCGAGAGAUCACACAUCUCUGGUACUUCUGGCCUGCUAAGGGAGUCCCCGAUGAUUACGACUCUGUUAUAGACUUCAUGUGUGAAAUGAGGAGCUAUAUGAAGAUCUCGCAGACUGCCAAGGAGUAUGAUGAAGAAGGAGUGGAAGUGAUCUACGGCGACCAAAACCGUUCAUCGUUCAGCAACCUGUCCAAGCUGCGGAGUGACGAGAGCGGCUCCGGUAAUGGCGUCAACGUGUACUCCCCGUCCCGCGCCGAGGAGCAGAUGAGGAGGGCCGUGCCUACUAACGGCACUCUAGGAAGGAUGAAGGCCGCUUCCGAGGUUGAUGGUAUCCGCGCGUGCGUGGUGACGUGCGCGUCGGGCGCGGGCCGCUCGGCGGCGCUGGUGGCGCUGGACGUGUGCGCGCGCGCGCUGCCCGGCGCCGCCGACGUGCCGCGCGUCGUGCGCCAGCUGCGCGCGCAGAGGCCGCACUCGCUCUCCAACAGGCAUCACUACAUCUUCCUCUAUAAGGUGCUCAGCGAAUAUGGGAACAAAAUGCUAGGCGGUGGUGUGGACACUAUAUGAGACACUUCCAAGUAAUUUACGUAAGACCCUUAUUCGUACCCAUGACAAUGAUGGCAUCUCAAUAAACCUAGUGAAUAGCCAGCCUUAGAUUUAAAAACUAUUUGGAACAUACCAAAGUAUAAGUUACGAGAUCUCCAGAAAAUUGAUCGCUCAAAUUAAAAAGAAAAAUGAAAAUUUUAUUUUUUUAUUAUACAUUAAAUUCAUUUUUAAUCUAUUUAAAUUUAGAAGUAUACCAUUAUCGUCACCAUUGACAACUUCGCAUAAUUUAGUUCUACUUGUAAAUAAGAUUAAUUUUUAAGAUUUGUUCGAACAAUUUAUUUUUUAUUUAUUUUUAGGGGAUCAUUCCGCUAGUCUAUCAUUGUUUCAGUUUUCCUAGAUAUCGUUUUAAGUAUUGAAUCACAAUCACGAAAAUUUACAUAUUUAAGCGUCGUUUGUUGAGUUUUGCUGUGAUUUCUACUAAACCCUUAGUUUUACACUGAGACUAAUAUUACCGUAACUAGAUUAAUUCUGUAAUUAGGAGGAAUUAUUAAGUUUAUGCGAAGGUAACUCUGCACAAGAUGGAGGUGCAAUCUGGUACUAAUAUGACAAAUGUUGCCAAGUUAUUAUUGUGCAAAGUUAUUUUAUGCGCUAGCAAUUACGAAUUAAAUACUCUGUGCUACUUUUAAAUAGUAAGUAACGUAAUAGACCGGAGUUUUAUAUUGUAUGUAUUUAUUUGUUGUUGCUUUAAGUAUGUUAUCAGUUGAUUGUUGCCGAUUACAUGAAUUAAAUAUUAAAGAGAGUACAUACUUGAUUUUAUUUCGUAUUUGGCAGAAUGCCUUCACUGCUUUCACAUAGCUAAAACACAUCAGUUCUCCAAACGGUCAAGACAAACUAAUCAAAAGGUUCAGAGACCAAAAAGAAUAGUUCUUAGAAAAAAGGAUGGUCUCAAUUACCUCAAAAUACAACGACGUAAAUAUUUUUUGUUAUAAACUUGAAAAACACCUAAAAAUCUAUUCCGAAUGCUGAUGAGUUGUCAGUGCAAAUGGCCUCUAUUAAUCGUAUUUCGUUGAAUAAAGUCAAAGCAUUUACAUAAUUAGUUAAAGCGCACUGUUUUAUCCCACACGUUUCUAGAUUUUAAGUUUUAUGACUAGAUAUUAUUUAGGCUAUGUAUUAUAUUAUAUAAACUAUAUUAUAGACCAAAAAAAAAAUAUAUAUUACAUAUUUGUAUACGUCCUAAAAUUGAUAUUAAGGUCUGUAUUGAAAGUAAAUAAAUUUAUUAUAAACAA